AUGAACCUGUGCUUAUUGGGAUUAGAAGAGUAUAUUCAGCAACAGGCUCAAUUUCUUACACAAAACAACUCUACUAACGCUAUAGAAACAUCAUGGCUAAACGACAGGGACGCCGUAGUAAAUGGGAUUCAAGCUUGUAGCGAAUGCAAACAGCUGCGAAAGGAGUUACAAGAGAUGAAACAACAGUUUGGCUCUUUAACGCAGCUGUUAUGUUCAUUCAUACAACAACAGACGGCACAUUAUGCAUCGUUAACAUCAUCUAAUACUUGUACACAGUCAUCUGAUGCAAGUGUUCCAUCAUCAAAUAGUACAGCUUCUGUUAAUUCCUCUACUACGGUAUCAGCAAAUGCACCUGCAAAUAGGAAACGACCUGCUGGUGUGAGCCAGCCUGAAUGCCCAAUUGCUCUUCGACCGGUUCCCACUACAAACAACUUUAUGCCUCUUCCCAAUAUGCUCUUUCACAAUAUUAAUAAUUGGUCCUGGAAUGUACCUCCUGUUAGAAUUAACUCUCCAUCUCUUACUAGUAAUACUGAACAGUUAGCUGGCGGACAGCCAUUAGCAGCAGAAACUAAAUGGAGCCCGUCUAGUGUUGAUAGUAACACCGCUGAUAAAACUAAUAUUGAUAUUGUUGGUUUGGAUGGAAGUGAAUCUUCAAGCUCUUCUGUGGCUACUCAGCAUGCUUCAGCCAGUCCAGAUGAAAGAAAGCCGUUCGAUGAUUUGUCAUCAUCAUCGGAACAAAGCAGCGGACCUUCUUCAGGACAUUCAACAUCAAAUGUUCUUAAGCCUGUAGUCUCCAUUGCUAAAUCAUCUUUCUCAUCUCAGGAGAAAAGAAGAAAACAUUCAUCUGACGACUAUGUCAAAAUCAUUAGGGACCAACAAGAUCUCAGCGAGGACAGAAUUGCCAAAAUUCAAAUUCCAGUUCCUGAAGCCGUCAAAUGCGAUCCCUCAUUCCGAGCAGUUUCCGAGCAGCAAAUUAUCCAGCAGAUGAUUCAGAACAAGAAAUUUGAAGAAACUCACGCUAAAGAGUCUCUAGUUCAAUUAUGUAAAAAGCUUGCUGAAAAAAGAGUUUUUGGAGCAAAAUUGAUGUCCAUGACAACCGUUGCCGGUCUCAAUCAUUCAAAUUACUCUAAUCUUCCCGUGGAAGGAAUUAUAUAUAUUCAACACGUUUGCCGUAAAGUGAUGGGAGAUAAAUUUGCUCGCGAAGAAGAAUUCUGGGAUGCAUUUAGAGACGCAACGAAGAAGCUUGCUGCACGCUGUCGAAGAGUAAGACAUGCCAAAAAGACCAAGUCUCGGCAUGAAGAAGAGUUAUUAGCUGCCCGUGAAAAUAAUGUGAAAGACGAAGUUUCAACCGGUUCACCAACAACUUCCUCACCAGAAUUGACAAAGUAUGGCACAUAUAUUGAUUAA